GACAGAAACAGAGCGGAGAGAGACAGAGAGACAGAGAGAGAGAUAGACACAGAGACAGACCUGAGAGAGAGAGAGGGGAUCAUGGCUGAUGUCCCUCAAUCAUUUUUGGGAUUGCUUGUGACCGUUUUGUACCUGCUAACAGGUGUCAGUGGAGAAACUCUCUCUAUGUUCUCCAGAGUGGGAGAUAAUGUCAGUCUGCCGUGUAACAAUGUGGUUCAUCCAGACUGCUCCUCUACUACAUGGAUCUAUUACAGAGAUGGAUCUACUGGUACUAUUGAAGAGGUCACAUUGGGGAAGAUCAAAGUUGACCAGAAAGAGAGAGCAGAGAGACUGAGUUUAGGGUCUAACUGUUCUCUACAUGUUAGCAAUGUCAGGGCUGAGGAUGUUGGACUCUACACCUGUCAACAAUACCUUACAGAGAAUGGACCAAAACAUGGAGGUGAUGCUCCUGUUCAUCUGUCUGUUCUAACUACAGUGACAGAUCUGAAGCCUAAUGUUAAAAUGACAUUACGGUGUUCUCUGCUCACCGAUACGCAACAUGGAACGUGCUGGUCAGGAUUUAGUCUCAGCUGGGGCCCUAAAACAGGUACUAAAGCCCAGGUCACACGGGAUUCUUCCUGUGACAUCACUCUGACUGUGACACUCCAGAAGGAGGACAACAACAGGAAGUGGACGUGCACACUGACUGAAAAGGGAAACAUGAAGAUCUCCAUUAACUUCACCUCCACAUUCUCAGAUACUGCUGAAAAGACCACAGAUAGUGAUGAUGUCAUCUCUACUGUCCCAGGAAGUACAGCCUCUACUGCAAGACCAGCCUUGUCAACCACCUCCCCAUCUUCUGCUGGUACCAGUAAUGCUGUUAAGUUGCCCAUCAGUCACAUCAUGCUCUUUGUGACACUGACCAUCAUGGCUGCCAUAGUCACUAUUCACACAAGGAGGAUCUGCCCACCUAAGGCUCUGCCCCCACAAGCAGAAGAAGCCUCUGGUAUUGAGAUUCAUGUCCUGGAGGAAUGACCCCUUGUUCCUCACUCUUCUCCCUGUACUGGACUAAGACUUUCAAACUGUCUGUAGCUUUAUUGAUUCAGUAACAGAGGACAUUAUACAUGUUUUUAAAGCUGAUGUUAAUCUAUUUUAGUGCAUAGUGUGGAAGAUGUAUUCAUUUGUAGUUGUGUUCUCUUAUUUUAGUAUCUUUUUUUAUACAACUCUAUGUAGUAGGGAUUCAAAUAUCAGCAAACCUUGGUUGAUGUUUUACAUUUUUGCUGUCCAUUGUGAAUGACGUCAGCAUGGAGAAAUUCCUUGGUUUUGUUUAAUUAAUAAGUUGUGUCAUAAGCAGACUUAAAAUGAGCACAAUGCUUCUUCUAAAAUGUAUAUUAAUUACUAAAACUGUUUUUAAAUAAACAAAUAAAAAUACAGUA